UGAGCACUAUGCGUGCUGCUCAUUUAUUAUCUGUGUCAGGCGUCCAUUCGCAUCUACAGUAGCUCAGAGGGAGAGCGGCGUCACUCGUGCACUGCGUUGCCUCGGUGUCCCGGCUGUCCCCGGCAGUCCGCGGCUCGGAUUGGGGGGCAUCUUGGUCCGCACGGUUGACCGUGAUACCAGUCGGCCCGCUGGUGAACAUGGGAUAUUUACAAAGCGAGCUGCCAAGCGCGCUUGCAGCAGCGGGAUAAAGGAAGCCCUGUAGUAGCACAAGCUAGAAAGGCAGUUCAUUUUCGCCGUCCUCCAUGGCUUCGGGCUCCGGAGACGAGGAGCGCAACGCGGAAGGGGUUUUAUGGAGACUCAUAGGCCCGACGUCGGAGCUCUCCAAGAGGCGCUGCCGUCUAAUGUACUCCUCCCUCGGCUACGACUCUGAUGUCUGCCUGUUCUAUGUGAAGGGGGAGUUUUUUGCCAUGGAUGCCCGCUGUUCACACUCCGGAGGUCCUCUGUGUGAGGGGGACAUCGAGGAAGCCGACGGAGUCCUGCGGGUCUUCUGUCCCUGGCAUGACUAUGACUUUGACCUCAGGACUGGGAAAUCAGGGACCUCAUUACAGCAACAAGUGUAUGAAGUCAAACUGGAGGACGGCAACGUGUAUGUGAAACAUUCCAGUCAUCUCUCCUUACUGCCUUUUCCUGUAGAUCAGAAAAGCUGAACAACCUCAGCCCAUCUGCUUCAUCCUUCAGCCCUUGGUAAAGCCGCAGAUUGCCUGAUUACGGAGCCUCCUGACUGUAGCGCACUCACUCGGGCUAUUUUUAAGACUUGUUCCACAAACCCAAGCCAUCCGAAACAUUUCUGAGCCUUAUCUGUCAUUUUCUCAGAACUGUUUCUACUUUGAUUGCUGUGAACUCAGGAUGAUAUCAAGAAGACUGUCUGAAGAGGACAUGACUUCAUUAAAUUGUUUCAGAGUUUUUCUUGCUGGCAUUCCAGGUAGAGACUCUGAAGACAGACACUGAACAUGAGGAGCUGUGAGUUCACUGCUGACCUUGAUAACGCACCAAACUCUGGAAAAUAUGCAAAAUAAAAACACAAAAUUUUACCUUUUUCAGCAGAUGCUAUAGAACUAACCAGCAUCUUUGAUUAUUGGCAGUAUAAAAGUUAUUUGUCUACUGAUAAUUUUUCUAGAUUUUAGGGAUUCCUAAAGAAGAUAAUAUUAUCAUAUCUGAUGGAAAUAUUACAGUGUGAAUAUGUUUUGAAGUGACUGCUUUUUUCUUACAUCUGCGCAGUCAAAUUUGCAGUAGCCAUUAUAUCUUUUAAUGAAACCCACUUAACUUCCAAAGGGGAUCUGAACAUUUUUCAUCUCAGUUUUCAAACUGUUCUUGUCCAUCUGUUGCCAGUCUGAAAUGAGUGCGGCCGGAAAAGAAGCCUAUAUGUUUUGCUGUCUUAUUAAAGGUAUUGGAGGUCAUUAGAAUACAUGCAACAUGCAGUUACAAUGACUUGUAAACGUAAUUGAAAUAGACAAUAUGGAUAAAAAUGAGUAGUAGUGAUCAAUAAAAUCGGAAGAGUGCCAUUUUGUUGUCUUGACAAGACCUGCAGAUGCAAAUUAUCACUUUGGUAUGUCAUGGAAUGUGGAGGUCCAAAAAAUGAGAACCACUGUAUUUUAAUAAGCAAUACAAGUCUCCUUUUAAGAGUAUAAACCUUCCACAUAUUUUCAGCGGAAGACUUUGUAUGUAACCAUGAAAUAAUGAAGUAUAGUGACAGUUUCUUUCAACCACUACUAAACUAAACUGUCUCAUUACAUCCUAUGAUGGUUUUCCUUGUCCUCAACAGGCAUUACCUGUAGUCUCAAACUGUUUAACUCACAGAAAAUUAGUCUCACUUGCUGAGUCGUGGCCUUUGGAUAAAUUGAGACACUUAUUCCAGUGACAUCACGCAACAGAAACUCCUUCUCAGAAUUUGAGUUUCUCGAUUGUUUUUUAACCCAAAUAGAGUUUCAGCACGUAGAAGACACAUGAAGGGCACUGCAAUUGCGACUGGUGGCAGUCCUGGUGUUAAGAUGUCUCCAUCAACAUUUUGCUCCAUUCCUGGCCUGUACACAGACAGGUUUGUCUGUUACUGACGCAAUGGGAUUUAAAAGAAACAGUUAGCAAGGCGCCAGAGGAAGGUUCACGGGCUGAAAUGGACCAUUGACUCAAGAAAAAUUUAUUUUUUCUAGCUUUCAGUGUGUGUGCCCUGAUGCAAGUGUGUUUUCUUUAUUCCUUAGUGGUCAGAGCAGUCACUCGUUAUAUUUUCUGUCAGCUCUGUUUUCUGGCAGACACAGAGAGCCCAGUCAAGAAGGUGUCAGUGACAGUGUGGCUCAAUACUCCCUGAUGUGUUCCCUGUUGUGCAGCUUUAUUACAAUCAUAAUUCCUCUGCCUAAAAAUGUCUGUUAUGUGCUUCAGAGGUCUCACUGUGUGCAUUAUAACUCAUCACCUGGAGGGUAAUGGGAAUGCACAAUGGAGUUGAAGCUUUUUUCGUGUCAGUAGAAAGGUCAGAGUAAACACUGUUCAGAAUUCCGCAAAAGCCAAGAGUGGUCUUUGCAACAUCUCACAAGUGUCCUACGACACAGACGGAGUCACCAUUCAUGUCAGACUUUUGCUAUAUGUUUCCUGAAUUAUUUCUCAUAUGUUCAGAUAAUUUUAAUCUGUUUGUUCCUUUCUUGUUUCUUGUGUGAACUAUGUAUCUGGCCUCUAUGUUAAAAAUAUCUGCAGACUACAUACACUGUAACUAGUGGCACAUUUCAAUUCAGCUACCUAUCAGCUGUAAGUUGGCAUCGUUGUAUUUGACUGUGUUUAUUCUAAUUUACACAAAGCUGAAAAUUCUGUUUAUCUGUAUUAUGUAUUUCACAAAAUAAAUUAUUUUGUUAGAAUCAUUGUGAUGGAUUUUAUAUAAAAUAGACCAAAACUCAUUUUUCUCAUCUUAAGAAAUGUGAACUUGUUGAACUUUGUUGAUUUUUUAGUGUAUCCUGAAUACAUAAUACACAACUCAUAAAAUAAUAUGACUCAAAAGUGUACACAAAAUCAUUUAUUUACAGUUUCUUUCUCGUACAUUAUAGUAGAUUCCAUACAAAACACAAUUUACACAUUAGAACUUAAUUCUGAGGAAAACAAAGAGAUUGGCACUACCAUGCAUUAGAAAAGCGUUUAGAGAGGACUACCAAGAGUUUGUUUAUGUAAUUCUUUUACUGGAGCACAGUGGCAAAUGUAAAACUCUCUUCUUAUACUCCAGAAAGUAGUGGAAAAGUUCGACAACCUCCUGAAUAAAUUAUAAUCUCCCUGAGACCAGCUGGACUGAACAGAGGAGAAAAUGGGUGACUGUGUUCAUGCUUGAGUUACCGUUAAAUUGUUGGUGGUUUUUCAUGGAUUGAGUUCUGUGCUAUUCUGCCGUUAAGUUAAAUAGUUCCAUUUAGCAUUACAUACACGCACUGAAAUGCUGUUACACAGAGGCAAAAUCAGUCAAAGGGUUUUUGAAAAGAAAUAAAUUUCAGAUUCUUUUUUUCAAUUCUCAAUCAUUACAAAAACAGAAUUUUCCCUUCAGUACAGCUGCUAUUGUAACAAUAUAUAUAGUGUAUAUUGUAAUCAGUAAAAGAAAUCAUUUGCUUUCUUACCAAGAAUUAGAUUAGAAGAUCAAUAGCACUAUCAGGUUUCAAGUCUUUAUGCUAAACUAAGCUAACCGACUGUUGACUGCAGCUUCAUAUUUACUGGAAAUAUGAGAGUGUUAUCACUAAUGUCAUCUAACUCUUGGCUAGUAAGCAAAUAAGCACAUUUCCCAAAAUGAUGAACUAUUCCUUUAAAGGCGUUAAACAAAAAUACAUGAAGC